GUAAGAGCGCACGCCUGGCAACCAGCACCGACUCUGGCGGUUGAAUGCAUAAAGGUGGCCAAGGGCUUUGCCUAAUCUGUAAUGUCGGUGCUGCUUAGGAAAUUGGGGAGGCCUCCUUGCCUGCGUUGCUGGCUGUGCUGAAGGAGGACGGGGAGGACCAGAACCUGGUCAAGGCUAUUCUGGAAACACUGAACAACCUGUGCACGCGCGAUGCCUUGCGGGACGCUGACCACACGGGAGGGCCAGGCGAGGACCCAGUUGCAGACCGAUUUGCGCAGACGAUAAUUGACGACGGAGAUAAUAUCUCGACUUUCCUGGAGCUGCUGGGCGACGCCGACUUUUACGUGCGGUUCUACACUGUGCAGCUGCUGGGGCUUUUGCACAUGUAUAGCGGCGAGCAGGUGCAGCAGGCAGUGCUGGUAUCACCGACCGGAGUCGGGCGUCUUGUGGACCUCCUGACCGACCAGCGCGACAUCAUCCGCAACGAAGGCAUUCAGCUGCUGAUUGCAAUGACCGAGAGCAACGCCGAUAUACAAAAGAUUGUGGCAUUCGAAAAUGCGUUCGACCACCUUCUGGCUAUUGUCGGCGAAGAGGGCGGUGUGCGUGGAAACAUCGUGGUGCAGGACUGCCUCCAGCUGCUUCACAAUCUGCUGAACUACAAUAUUUCCAACCAGAACUUUUUCCGUGAGACAUCAGGUAUCCAGAGGCUUCCUGAUCUGCUGAUCACGGAUCCGAGCCAGACGGCGGGUGCUGCGCAGCAUGGCCAGCCCGACAACGGCGAGGACUUUGAAUGGACGGCUCAGCAUGCGCGCAACAUGCUCGUGGUCCUGGAUGUCAUCCGUAUGCUGAUUCAGCCCGGAAACACCAACACGGAAUCCAACCAAACGGCGAUGCAGCAAAACGGCAUUAUCCCGCCACUACUUCAGCUGGCACUGGCGUACGAAGCCCCCAGCAGUGUGCGUGCCCAAGCCCUGUACGCAAUUGGUGAUAUCAUCCGGAUGCAUGCGGCUAACCAGGGGCUGUUCCAGCGUAUUCUGAUCACGGCAGCACAGGCUGAUGACGACUCGGAAGAUGCCAGCGCGAAGGCUAUCCCCGAGCCGGCGGUAGCGAUAGUCAUUCGGCUUGCCGUCGGCGCGCGCCCUUCCAGCGUGCCUACGAAUGAGUAUUACAUUGUGCGGUCGGCUGCUGCUUACUUGGUGCAGGCGUAUGUGGGUGGUAACCCUGACGCCCAGCUGGCGCUAGCAGCAACUCUGACGCCUCCAGAUGGCACAGGCAGCUUGGGCAAUCCUGAUACGCAUCAGUCUGCAGGGUCUCUCAUCGUCUCAGUGCUGCUGGACUGGCGCGAUACGGGAAACGACGACGCCUGGCGUGUGUGGCACGCGUCGCUGUUGUUGUCGACUGUUCUGCGUGGGGCGCUGCGGGUGUCGCUGGGUGACGAGUCCAAGGGAGAAGAUCCCCUGCCGCUGAUCAACGAGCUGCUAUCGCAGGCACGUCAUGCGACACAGGAGUCAGGCGACGCCCGCAUUUGCAUCGCGCUGCUGGCGCUGGUAUGCGUGUGGGUGGUUGAUUUCCCGCAGGCGGUCACAACUCUGCUGGACGAGUCGUCCAAUACGUCGUUCUUGGUCGAGCAGAUCAACGGGUCAUCGGGCAGUCAAUACGCUUGUGCAAGGCGUGGCCGCGUUCCUGUUUGGUCCUUAUUUACCAAUUCGAUGUCGCGGCCGACUCGCCCUGUGACACGCGAGCAGCUGUACCCGAUCCUCUCCAAGCGGGUGGGAACCGACCAGCUACUGAUCCGUGAUGUUCCGAACGAGCUGUUCUUUGAUAACGUAUUUACCGAUCUGUUCCGUACGCAUUACGAGGCAUUCCGCGCUGCUGUGCGCUUGGGGCCACAGGAGACACAGGCGGCCCAUGCCAACUUUGCGCACCUCCAAGGAGGCAUGGCGGGAUAUGCUGGAUCGGGCUCGCUGCCAGGCUCGGUUCCCGGAACGCCGCAAUUGAACCAGGGGAGCAUGUCUCGGUCAAUGUCGCCUGGCGCCGUGCUGGAUUCUGCAGCGGAUGACAGGCCAGCAGUGCCUAGUGUUCCCAAGAGCCAGGCGCGUGAGCUGACAGCUGAGGCCGAGCGAUUGAGCCAAGCGCUGGCGGAGCAGCGGAAGGCAGCUGAUGAGGAGCGCCAGCAGCACAACGAGGAUAAGGCAGCCGAGCAGCAGGCGCACGUGCAGGAGCUUGAGGUACUGCGCGCGCAGUUGGCCGAUGCUGAGGCCAGGGCGACGCAGGGCCAGUCUUUGGCUCAAGACAAUGCCGGUAGCGAGGAGAGGCUGGUGGAGCUGGAGCAGAGGCUGGCAGAGCAGACUCUGGAUGCCGAGCAAAAGCAGGCGGCGUGGAAUGCUGAGCGCGAGGAGCUGGCACGCAAGCUGGCCACCGCCGAGAAGCAAGUGGUUAAGGCAGCUGCCGCUGGUCGCAACCUCAACAAAAAGAAGGAGAUGCAGCAGGCCAGUGCUAUCGAGGCGCUGGAGCAGGAGCUCCAGGAGAAGGACGCCAAAAUCAACGCGCUUGCUAGCGAAGUGGAGCAGCUAAAGCAGACCGCUGCCGAGUUGGAGUCAGUCGAUGAGCUGAAGGAGCGGCUGGCUACUGCCGAAAAGGAGCAGGAGGACCUGUUGAGUAUCGGAGACAUGCUGCGCAAGUAUGGAGCAGACAUCCCGCCUUCGGACGACGAGGACGAGGACGAGGACGAGGGCGCGACAGAUGCUGAAGAAUAAAGUCUCCCUUAAGCCUGGUGUUCAAAGCAUCAAUUUCUAAACCCCGCAGGUACUAGCUUUUCUAAGCCCCUAGCCAGAAAUUAACAACACGAAUGUACCGGCUCGGCCGGCUCGGCCGGCUCGGCUGGCUCGCGAAAAAA